UCUAGUCGCCCCGACGUUCGUAUGUCGACGUACGUCGUAGUUUAUCGCAUGCGUCGUUACGUGCCGAACGUGUUGUGUGUGCGUAUCGAUUGUAGCUUAGUUUACAAAACAAUGUGCAAUGUUUUCUGUGACAAAGUGUAAAUAGAAUUGGAAGAAGCCUGUUACCGAUCGAGUGUGCUUCAUUCAUAGCGAUCGUUUGUCAAAAACACUUCAGUCAACCUUAUCGAGUCGAGCUCGCUGCAAAAAUGUCGAAGAUAUUUACGCCAACAAAUCAAAUACGGCUGACAAACGUAGCCGUUGUUCGCAUGAAGAAGGGUGGCAAGCGAUUCGAGAUCGCGUGUUACAAGAACAAAGUGAUGUCCUGGAGAAACAAGCAAGAAAAGGAUAUUGACGAAGUACUGCAAACACAUACAAUAUUCACCAAUGUGUCAAAGGGUCAGGUAGCGAAGAAGGAAGAUCUCUUGAAAGCUUUUGAAACUGAAGAUCAAACUGAGAUCUGCAAACAGAUCCUUGCCAAAGGCGAAUUGCAAGUAUCUGACAAAGAAAGGCAUUUGGCACUGGAAUCCAUGUUCAAAGACAUUGCCACAACAGUUGCCAGCAAGUGUAUAAAUCCAGAGACCAAGCAUCCAUAUCCAGUUACCAUGAUUGAGAAUGCCAUGAGGGACGAGAUACAUUUUUCUGUUAAACCUAAUCGAAAUGCCAAGCAGCAGGCACUAGAUGUUAUCUCACAGCUGAAAGAGGUGAUGCCUCUGGAGCGUGUCCAAAUGCGACUCAGGAUCGUUAUAGCAGAAAAAGAGGCUAGGAAAUUGAAAGAUAAAGUCAUUAAACUCAUGACUAAGAUGGAGACUGAGGAAUGGGAUAACGGAUCGCUAACGAUAAUCUGCUUAAUUGAUCCAGGUCAAUACAGAGCAGUAGAUGAAUUAAUACGAUCAGAAACAAAAGGCACUGGUUUAUUGGAAUUGGUUAACUUAAACGAGGUAGUUGAAGGGGAAGAACUCUUAACUUAAAUUGUAAAUUGUUUCUAGGCAUUGUUAUUCACUGGAGAGAUUCAUAUUUAUUAAUUAUAAUUUAUAUUUUAAGUAUAUGUUGAUAACUUUGUUACAUCUUAAGAUUAUGUCUAAUAAAACAAUUUGCAUUUA